AUGGAUUUAAUUGGUUCAGCAGUUCUGGGCAAUAACAAUAGCAACAACGAUAACAACAGCAUCAACAACAACAACAACCACAACAACAAUAAUAGCAGUAAUAGUAGCAGUAUGAAUAGUGAUAGCAGUAUUAUUGACGAUAAUAAUAUAGCUGAUAUUCAGAAUUCGGAAGAAAAUAAAAGUACCGCAUCAUUGAAAUCCGAAUUUAUGCCAUUAAUUGAUGAAUUAGCAACAGUAUCACCAUCUUCAUCAACUGUUGAACAAACUAGUAGCACUCCCGAAUCAAGGAUUCGAAUUACAACAAGUCCAGCUAAUAAUAAUAAUAAUAGACCGAUUACUACUGAUUCAUCACCAACGAUGAUGGAAAAAGCUGAACGGCCAAGUUUAAGCUAUAAAGAUCUCAUUAUUGAGGCCAUUGAAAGUAGUCCGGAAAAACGGUUAAAGUUGAAUGAAAUUUAUCAAGUAAUUCGUAUGACUCAUCCGUAUUAUCGUUUACGACCGGAUCAAUGGGGUUGGCAAAAUUCUAUACGUCAUAAUUUGAGUCUUCAUGAUUGCUUUGUUAAAUUACCUCUAAAACAAACAUCUGCUAGUGGUGUUGUUGGUCAUUUUUGGACAGUUGUACCGGAGUUAGGUGAUAAGCAAACAUUACGACGACGUAAUCGAGUAACAAAUCGAUCAGGCGCUCGUGCAGCAUCAACAAGCGCAGCUGCAGCAGGUGGACAAUUUAAUGGUCGUCUAUCAUCAGUUGAUGGUACCACAAAUGGUAUUUUAAAUUGUGCAAUAGGAGCUGAUAGUAAUGGAUUCACAGAUGGAAGUGGAAUAAUUAGUGAUCAUAGCGGGAGUACAAGUCCUGCUCAUUGUUUACUUGAUGGUAUUCAUAGUGGUACUAGUGAAUUCCGGUCUAAUACGGAUUCGAUGUUGAUCUCAACACAAUCAGUUUUCAAGCCACAACCAUCAUAUACUUCAGCAUUAAGCCAUCAUUUAUCGAAAUCAACUUCAGCAGCAGCAGCAGCAGAAGCAGCAAUUUUAGAAAGUUUUGGUUCAACAAAUAAUAAUACCAAUCAAAAUCCAUUACUUGCAUUAUCAACACCAACAAGUUCAGCAGCAUUUAUGAAUGCUGCCUUUAAUUCAUCAUCUUUUACCACUGACGAUUAUAAAUCAUACACGCAGAAUUUGCUUAAUGCUUAUUUUUACCAACAGGGUCUAUUAACAUCAUUGCAACAGUUAGCCGAAGUUGCUAACCGGGUUAAUCCAAUCGCAGCAACAUUACCAACAUCUUUACUUGGUACAAAAAUGCCGUUAUUGAAUGGAUUACUCUCAAAUCCGGCACUUUUUUCUUCUCAAAUGCCAAUUGUUAGUGUUGCAACAGCUGCAGCUAUAAAAGCAGCAGCUUUCGGCUUAUCACCUUUGCUACCUCUAAGUUUAAGUGGUACAUCAGCAACAACAUCAACAACGAGCAAUAAUCCAUUUCCGGAUUCAGAACAUAUGUCGGGACCACCGAAGAUAUCAAUUUGUCCAACAAGUAGUACUCAACCACAACUCUCAUCAUCCGGUGCUUCUCUAUCAUUCCCAAUUAAAAGCGAAGCGCAGUCAACAUUUAUGUUCUCCUAA